AUGGGACUUCAAUACUCGUUGACUUCGACACCGCUUGCGAUUGGGGCAUAUCUUGGGAGCGUCAUCGGAGUGGGCGGAAGCCCAGUCUUCAUCUAUGGAUACAUCUUGGCCGUCUUGUGUAACCUUUGUGUCUGUGUUUCGCUGGCCGAGAUUGCGGCUGUCUCUCCUCACACAUCCGGCCAAAUCUUUUGGACCGCGGCCAUGGCUCCCAAGAAAGUGGCCCGCGUCCUCAGCUAUCUCUGUGCCUGGAUCACCAGCGCCGCAUACUUCUUCCUCACGGCCGCAUGCUCGCUGCUGACGUCCCAACUCGCCUGGGCCGUCGUUCAGAUCAUCCGAACCACCUUUGUCGUCCAACCAUGGCACUACUAUGCUGGCUACGUCGGCUCUACGCUUUUUGCCUUGGCCUUGAACGUUCCCUUCUUCAAACUAUACCCAUACAUGCUCAAUGGCAUGGUCCUGUACAUCAACCUUGGCGCCCUCUUUGUCUUCAUCGUCCUCCUCAUCCGCACCCACCCGAAGCAGUCGGCGUCCUUUGUCUUUGCCGACCUCGUCAAUAAUACCGGCUGGUCCUCCAACGGCGUUGUAUUUUUCCUCGGUCUCCUUCCUGGCGCCACCGCUGUCAACUGUUUCGAGGGCGCCGCUCAUCUGGCAGACGAGAUGCCUGAGCCCAAGAAGAAUGUUCCGCGGGUCAUGGUCGGAAGUGCCGUGCUGAGCGCCAUUUCUGGCUUGCCCAUGAUCCUCGUCUACAUGUUCUGCAACAUCAAGCCUGACAAUCUCCUUGACCCCAUUGGCGGCCAGCCCAUUGCGCAACUCCUAGUGGACUCGCUCGACUCUGAAGCCCUGGUCAUAGUCGCCGUCCUAAUAUACCUCAUCGCAAUGCUCGCCGCCACCGUCUGCCUCUUGACCGGCUUCUCCCGGACCAUUUGGGCCGUCUCCCUUCAGAAUGCCCUCCCCGGCUCCAGUUUCAUCGCAGCGGUGAACAGCUACUACGACCUCCCUGUCAACAGCGUCGUCUGCGGGAGCGUGCUGACCAUUGCCAUCGGCACCAUCCAGCUCGGAUCCACAACGGCCAUCAACGCUGUCCUAGGCGGUGGUAUCGUCAUGUGCUACCUCUCAUACAUGAUCGUACUCGGUUGUCUGCUCUACUGCGGUCGAGCCAGUGUCUUUCCGGCCAAACGCUUCUUCAACAUGGGUCGCAGCGGCAUCUUGUUCAACAUUAUCUCGGUCGUUUGGAUGCCUUUCAUUACAACUUGGUUAUGCUUCCCUUCCUACUUGCCUGUAACGGGGUCAACCAUGAAUUAUGCAUCUGUAGUCAUCGGCGGUGUCUUCCUCUGCGCAGCUAUCAAUUGGUUCGCGUACUCGAAGAAGCGAUAUACCAUCCCGGUUGCGAUGGCUGCAGGGUCUCGCGAGCCGGGAGAAUGGAGCCUGGAACAUGGUCAUGAAUAA